GGCUGGCGCUGCUCCUGCUGCCUGCUGGGCACCUGCUGGUGCAAGAGCUGCCUCAGCGUGUGCGUCCUAGCGGCCCUGUGCUUCGCCUCGCUGGCCCUGGUGCGCCAGUACCUGCGCGACCUGCUCCUGUGGGCGGAGAGCCUGGACAGUCUGGCCGGCGUGCUGCUCUUCACCAUGGGCUUCAUCGUCGUGUCCUUCCCCUGCGGCUGGGGCUACAUCCUGCUCAACGUGGCCGCCGGCUACCUCUACGGCUUCGUGCUGGGCAUGGGGCUGAUGGUGCUGGGCGUCCUCGUCGGCACCUUCGUGGCGCACGUGGCCUGCCGACGGCUGCUGGCCCGCUGGGCGCUGGACAGGAUCCAGGGCAGCACGACGCUCAGCGCCGUCGUCCGCGUGGUGGAGGGCGGCAGCGGGCUCAAGGUGGUGGCCCUGGCGCGCCUGACGCCCAUCCCCUUCGGGCUGCAGAACGCCGUCUUCGCGGUUACAGAUCUGUCGCUGCCCAACUACCUGAUGGCUUCUUCAGUUGGGCUGCUUCCUACUCAGCUCCUGAACUCAUACUUGGGAACUACCUUGCGCACCAUGGAGGAUGUGAUUGCAGAACAAAGUGUUAGUGGCUAUUUUAUAUUCAGUUUACAGAUUGUUAUAAGCAUAGGACUUAUGUUUUAUGUUGUUCACCGAGCUCAAGUGGAACUGAAUGCAGCUAUUGUAGCGUGUGAGAUGGAGAUGAAGACAUCUCUUGUUAAAGACUGCCAGCCAAGCAUCAGCGGUUCAACAACGUACUGCAACAAAAGGACAGUGGCGUUCUCUGGGGGAGGUGUCAAUAUUGUGUGAUUUCAAGUAUUAAUAAAAUAAGGUUUUUGUGAACCGAAGCUAUUGCCUAGAAAUGUCUAUGGACAAUUCAACUAGCUUUUAAAAUAAUAUUUCAGAUGGUUACAGGUUGUACUAUGGCACAAACCAACUGACCAGCUCUUGAAUUGCACACGGGGUGACUUCGAGCAAGAAAAGUAACACGGUGAAGUAACUUGAGAUGUAAAUGCAAGUUUGGCUGCACCUUUGGUCAUUUAUUAUGCCUAUCAUGGCCUGUAGUCUGCACUUUAGUUUUUUUUCUUUGUUCCUAUAAACAGAAAAAUGCUUCUAUAAACUGAGAAAAGUAGCACAGAGGUAAAUAUUUUUCUGCUUAGCAUUAUUUAUAAGGCUGAAUAAUUAUAUACAGUAGAACUUUAUUACUGAUAAAGAUGAAUGAGAAAGUAUGCAGUUCUAUGUACAGUAUUCUUGAAUGUGCUUUUGCUUCCAGUCCUUGGAGUGUAUUAUUUUGGUAACGGUGGGACCAUUUGGCUUUUCCUUCAUUUUUGAUUUCAGGGGUUGAGGGUGGGGAGAGAACCCUAUAUAAAUUUUUGGUUGAAUGUAUUUUUGUAAGUCACUGAAAAUGUUGCAGAGCCAUGCAUAUGUAGUCACACAAGCUUAAAUCCUACAUGGUGGGACUGAAGUGCUCUUAAAUAACAUUUUAAGUUACACUGUGUAAUAUGCAAAGGAAAAGGGAAAGUGCAGAUGUUAUAAUAGAUUGCAGUGAGGAGCUUCUGUUUGAAGGAAACUUCAAGAAUUAACCAGCUGUUGCAUUGGUUUUACCACCUUGGUGAUUGUAACAAAGGGCUGUUCCAUGUUAAUCCUAUUUAUAAAUAGUUUAAUUGGAAUGGUGUUUUUCAGCUCACAUGCCUGCAUAUAAUAAGGCUUCCAGACCAGGGAGCUAAAUCUCUCCCUCAAAUACAAAAUGAGAUAAUAGCAGACUAAUCUUACAUGAAGGUGGCCUUUAUUUUGUAAGUGAAUCCCUCCCUCCCGUUAAGAAGCUUUAAAAAUCAGUUGAUAUGUUUUUUUUCUACAAGUUUUACAUUUUUUUAAAGAUGCAAUCUAUUAUAAAUUUCAUCAGAGUGAAGAAAUGAGAACUAGGGGUUUUCUUUGGAAAAAUAAAUAGUAAUGUCUCUGAGGCUCAGGAAUUCUGACUCCAUUUUUGCAAGACAACACUGUAUUAGAUAACGCUCCUUUUACAUGUGCUAUGGACUGUUUUUUCACUGCAUUUGAACAGACUAGAUAACCUGAUAGUAUUUUGUGUGUGUAUGUGUGUGUAUGUUUGUGCAGGUAAAAGGAAAACAACAGCACCUGAAGGUGACAUCUUGUAUGUGUGUUUUCUGUAGAUACACAUGCCAACAUUCAAUUGCUCAAACAACCACGAGUCAUCUGAUACAGAAACGAUGCAAUGUAUUGCUUAUUUUGUAUUUAUUUUGUGUAAGAUUUAUAGGAUGCUUUCAGUCUUCAAGACUGUGUUAUUUUCUAACAGAACACAACUGUGCCUCCUUCUUGUAAGGCUGUUUGUAGGGUCCAAGCAUUCUUGCCUUGUGACGUAUAGCAGGAGAGCAGCAAGUCUUCAAGGUAGUUGGGAAGCAGAGAUUUGAUAGCCUUUGGCAGUCUUACUGCGAGGAUGUACGGUAACUCGACAGCUAAGCAGUCCUUGGUAGUGAAGUUCAGUUUUGCUCUUCAAAUGCUUAUCCUUUGUGGACAGCUGUUCAUGGGUCUUGCGACCUAAGGAACCAAACAAGUUACGUAACAAUGUUCAGAUUGUCUCCUCUUUUAUCAUUUUUAUUUCGUUUGUUUGUUCUUUUUAAAGGCAAUCCGCAUAUACCUGGAAGUGUUCAUUUACACAUCUCUGCCUCUGACAGCUCCUGUGUGAAAACAAGAGAGCCAGAUAACUUUUUGAUGGCGUUAUUGUCAUCGUAGUAUGAUUGAGCCCUUCCUUAACUAAACAUUUAAAAUGUGUUUUAUUUCUUGAAACAGAACGAUCCUUGAAUAAAUGUUCCAAACUUUGCUCUAUCUUGCUAAAUCAACAAUAGUGUUUUCAAGAGGUUAUCUCUUCUUGUUUUUGUUUUGUUUUGUUUUUUUUUUUUAAACUAACUUAAGGUCGUGUUGUUUAUUAAAGAACAUUUCCCAAAUAUGUAUUUUGAAAUGCUUUUAUUUCCAUGACACUUUGUAACAAGAGUAACUUCACUAUAUGAACACUUUUGUAGUAUGGAAAUAGUUCUUAAACCUUUUGCAUUUUGCUUGAUACUUGUAAAAUUUGUGUACAAGUCAAUGGGAAAUGUGCAUUAAAAGGAACUUUUCUGUACCAUGCCAACCAUAAUUUUAUACAAUAAAUUUACUCAAAUUUCUUUAAAAAAA